AUGAAGUCUACAUCUGUCGUUGGUGCUCUGCUCUUCGCUGAGGCAGCCCUCGGUGCUCGAUUCACAAAGCAGCGUUGGGAGAACCAUGCCAGGCGCGCUCUGCAGCGUAGCACCUUGCCACCCAUCCCGGCGGAUGACAGCACUCUCCAGAGCCUAGAUGCUGGCAAUGAGACUGCUCACGUUGACUACUCCACCAACUGGGCCGGCGCAGUCUUGAUCGGCACUGGCUACACUUCCGUCACCGGAACCAUUGUCGUUCCCACCCCCGAGACUCCCUCUGGAGGCAGCUCCCGAACUGAAUAUGCCGCUAGCGCAUGGGUCGGUAUUGACGGAGAUACAUGCCAGACUGCCAUUCUGCAGACUGGCGUCGACUUCUAUGUCGAGGGCAGCGAGGUUGCCUUUGAUGCCUGGUACGAGUGGUACCCCGACUAUGCCUACACCUUUUCCGGCAUCACCAUCAGCGCCGGCGACACCGUUACCAUGACGGUGACUGCCACCUCAAAGUCAGCCGGCACGGCUGUCAUUGAGAACGUGACCAAGGGCACCACGGUCACCCACACCUUCUCAGGCGAGACUGACACUCUGUGCGAGACCAACGCCGAGUGGAUCGUUGAGGACUUUUCGUCUGGCAACUCUCUCGUUCCCUUUGCCGACUUUGGCACUGUUACCUUCACUGGCGCUUCUGCCACCACCUCCAGCGGUACCGUCGGUGUUAGCGGAGCCACUAUUAUCGACAUCAAGCAGAACAACGAGGUGCUUACCGAGUGCUCCACUUCUGGUUCCUCGACCGUCAUUUGCACCUACACUGGCUAA